GGCAGCGGAGGCAGAGCAGCCGCGCCACAGACCACUCAGUCCACAUUUCCAGAGGACACCGACACUCCAACGCGCCCUCCAACAUUUUCUGUCGAGCUCGGGUAACAAAACAAGCGGAGCAGGACUCGUGUCGCUCUCCGGGGACACAUUGUCACAUUGUACCCAGGAGCUGCUUUGCUCCGUGUUCUUCGGGACGUCACUUUACGCAUAUAGCUCUCGGGAUAUAAGUUAUUUACAGUAGCAUAACCGGAGAUCCUGGAAGAUGGGUUCAGUCCCGGCGAUAUCGGUCCUUAUUUUGGGCAUUGUGGUCCCAGCGCUGGCCGGCUACAUUGAGGCGCUUGCAGCCAAUGCAGGCACAGGAUUUGCCGUGGCCGAGCCCCAAGUGGCAAUGUUCUGCGGAAAGCUCAACAUGCACGUCAACAUUCAGACCGGCCGCUGGGAACCCGACCCAUCCGGAACCAAGAGCUGCGUAGGAACCAAAGAGGGUGUGCUGCAAUACUGCCAGGAGAUGUAUCCCGAGCUCCAAAUCACAAACGUGGUGGAAGCCAACCAGCCGAUUCGCAUUGAGAACUGGUGCAAGAAGGAGAAGAAGGUGUGCAAAGGGCAUGCCCAUAUUGUGGUGCCUUAUAAAUGCUUAGUGGGCGAAUUCGUGAGUGACGUGCUCCUGGUUCCAGAGAAGUGCAAGUUCUUCCACAAGGAGCGUAUGGACAUGUGCGUCAGCCAUCAGCAGUGGCACGGAGUGGCCAAAGAGGCCUGUGCGAAAAGCUCCAUGGUGCUGCACAGCUACGGCAUGCUGCUGCCCUGCGGCAUCGACAAGUUCCACGGCACCGAGUACGUCUGCUGCCCUGCCUCUCGCACCGGGGAGUCCGCUCCACCUUCCUUGCCAUCCCAGGAGGAGGACGAAGAGGAGGAGGUAGAGGAUGAGGAGAUUGACGAGACCGAUCUGAUUGAGGAGGAGAACAGCGAGACUCCAGCCGAUGAGGAGCCCACACAAAAGGAGGAGCCGGUGGAUGAGGAGGAAGACGAGGAGGAGGAGGAAGAUGAGGAGGAGUACCACUAUGUCUACGAGGACGAGGAGGCAGAUAAGGAGGACGAGGAUGAGAAGAAAGAGAGCAGCAAAAUGUCAGAAGGCCAAGAUGAGGACAAGACUCUGCAGGAAGUGAAAGCGGUGUGCACCCUGGAGGCUGAGACCGGCCCCUGCCGCGCCUCCAUGCCCCGCUGGCACUUCGACAUGACACAGAGGAAGUGCGUGCGCUUCAUAUACGGGGGCUGCGCCGGCAACCGCAACAAUUUCGACUCAGAGGAGUACUGCAUGGCCGUGUGCAAACGCCUGACCAUGCCGCCGACUCCUCAGCCCACCGAUGAUGUUGACAUUUACUUUGAGACCCCGGCUGAUGACAAGGAGCACAGUCGCUUCCAGAGGGCCAAGGAGCAGCUGGAGAUCAGGCACCGCAACCGCAUGGAGAGGGUAAGAAAAGAGUGGGAAGAGGCUGAUCGCCAGGCUAAGAACCUGCCCAAAGCUGAGAGGCAGACAUUGAUCCAGCACUUCCAGGCCAUGGUGGAAUCCCUGGAGGAGGAGGCAGCCAGCGAGAAGCAGCAGCUGGUGGAGACUCACCUCGCCCGGGUGGAGGCCAUGUUGAAUGACCGGCGCCGUCUGGCCCUGGAGAACUACCUGGCUGCCCUGCAGGCCGACCCGCCCAGGCCCCACCGCAUCCUGCAAGCCCUGCGAAGGUACGUCCGCGCCGAGAACAAGGACCGCCAGCACACCAUCCGCCACUACCAGCACGUCCUGGCUGUGGAUCCUGAGAAGGCGGCUCAGAUGAAGUCACAGGUGAUGACCCACCUGCGCGUCAUCGAGGAGAGGAUGAACCAGAGUCUGUCCCUGCUCUACAAAGUACCUUACGUGGCCGACGAGAUUCAGGAUGAAAUCGACGAGCUCCUCCAGGAGCAGAAGGCCGACAUGGACCAGUUCCUGUCGUCUAUCUCCGAAUCGCAGCCAGAUGUCACCGUCUCGUCAGAGGAGAGCGUGGAAGUCCCCGCGUCCGAGGGGAAACCCUACCGGCCCAUCCAGGUCACAUCCCUGGGAUCCCGCUCAGAGCCAGAGGGCGAUCUAUCAGACUCCCCACGUGCCUUCAAGAAAGGCUCCGCCAUGUUGGGUUUAGACGGUCUGAUAGGCGCUGAGGAGAGAAUCAUCAACAGCAAACCCAAGAUCAGCAACAACGUGGUGAUUGAUGAGUCUCUGGAUGUUAAAGAAGUGGUUUACAGUGCAGAGAGAGUCAGCGUUAUGCAUGAUGAUGAGCUGGAGACCUACCGUCCCCUGGGAGAGGACUUCAGCUUCGGGAGCAGCGCGCUGAUUGGCUUGCUGGUGAUCGCGGUGGCCAUAGCAACUGUGAUUGUGAUCAGCCUGGUGCUGCUGAGGAAGAGGCAAUACGGCACCAUCAGCCACGGCAUCGUGGAGGUCGACCCCAUGCUGACACCGGAGGAACGCCACCUCAGCAAGAUGCAGAACCACGGCUACGAAAACCCCACCUACAAAUACCUAGAGCAGAUGCAGAUCUAACUAGCGCCUACAGGGGGAGCUGUGGAGUCUGACAGAGGAUGGCAACUGAGGGGGGACAUACUACUGACCAAUAACAUAUGCUAUUGUUAAAAAAAAAAUCAUUUAUAUCCAAACUCCAUUUACUGGUUUGUUCAAAACAAUCCUUAAGUAAUGCUACUACUUCUACUACUGCUACUAUUGUACUAUAGAGCUCUUUUUGAUCAUGUUUCUUUUGAAAAGGUGACGUAUCUGCCACUUUGCAUUAUGAAUGAUGAUGUGAUUCCGCAGAUUUCUCUGUAAUUAUCAAUACAGCUAUCUCAGAUCAAGAUGUAGAACAUUUCCUCGGACGGUUUCUUUAUUUCUGAAAGUGAAAUUUAAAUGUUUUUUCGAGCAGCCAUCCUCAAACCGGCGCACCGGACGCCAAACGUUUCGGCUCUCCAACACUCAAAGUGUCAUUCAUGCAGUUCCUGAUGGUUUCCUCCAAAAGAAUUGGUGUUUUAUUUUGUUUUGUUCUGUUUUUUUCCCUCUCGAUAGAUUGCUUGUAUAUGAAGGUUCUUUGUACCGAUUAAAAUGUAUAGUGAAACAACAAAUGAGAAAAAAAUGAAAUCAUGACUUACUUACUUUCUGUUCUUUGUUAUGAUAACAAAGUAUACAUAUACAGUUUAAAUAUAUAUAAGAGUAGAUGUUUUUAUUCCACCUUUUUAUUUUUUCCCUGGAAAGAGGUUUUAAGUCGGUUUAGGGUUCCUGAGUGGCGUUGGCAGGCGCACUGUGAGAAAGAGUCUGGGAAGGUGAAGGUGUGCACAGACCCCCCAGCUCAAACACAUCAGCCUACUCUAAGCCCUUACUAAGUGAAUGUGCAAAUGUAUCUCCUCCUACACACACGAAACAGAACACAUCAGCUGAUUGAUACAUCAUUGAAUGUAUUUUGGACCCUUGUUUUAUUCCAUAUUUUGUACCGGACAAGUUCCCAUGUUCCCAUGUGGAUUUCAUUUUAUCACAGGCAUCGUGACACUGGGCUAUGACAUGCACCACAAACUGACAAACAGGCGUUGUUUAUUUGUUCGUUUUCUUGUUUAUUUUGUUUGUGUAAAAUUAUGUAAAGCAAACAACAACAACAACAACAAAGUAUCAGAAAAGCACCUUUGAAAACAUAUCCUGGGGAUGAUGUGCAAACACGUUACUGGAGAAGCUGUUGGCUUUGCUGGUCAUAAAGCGGUGGACAGAACGAAACAGGGCCGGCCCAAAGGCUCGAGGGCCAGACUGCCACCGGUGGGUGGGUGGGGGGGGGCUAAAAUGGAGCAAAAAAGUACUACAUUCGACAAAUAAUCGCAAUGGCUACUAAAAUGAAAUUCUGCAAUCUGGAUGUGGGGAUUUGGGCACCCAGAAAGGCUCGGGCCGGCCCUGGAUCGAAGCCAACUGAAGACUCGGAGCUGGAGGUCUGUGCAGGCAGACAGAGAGACGCACAGAAAGACAAAGUCUGGAGAGCUGGUUCCUGAAAACUGGUGUAUUUUUACAGAUUGAGAACGACACAAAUGAGUAAAAUGAAUCCUAGAAUCCUCUUUUCUCUCUCUCUCUCUCUCUUAGUAUUGUCUUUGUAUGCCUGUAUAGUUGAUGUUGCAAUCAUGGCUUUUUUCCAGGAUUACCUGUGGUGUGCAUUGUUCUUAUAUGAAAUGAUAUGAUAUAUAUUUUUAAGUUUGUUUUCUUGUUUUCUAUUUCUUCUCUUCCUGUGACAGUAUCUCUGUAUGUGACUGUCUCACUAUGCACCCAAACGGCUUCAAUCUUGUAACUGCCUGCUUGACUGUGGGAGGGGACUGAGAACUAAUAAAAUAUGCAUAUUAGUGAUUUAAAAAAAAAAAACCCUGAUUGACACCAACUGAAACAGAUUUAUGAUUGGGAGGGGGGGGGUACACAUCAAUAAACAUAAACUCACAACUUCCA